AUGGCAACUCUGGACACAAGGGUAAAGAUCAAAGCAGCGGCAGUAAAGGAGAGCGAUGCCAGAACUCGAACCGCAGCGGCGGUCGCUGCUCCCAGUACGAGCCUUGCGAUUACCACUUCGACUUCGCGAACCGGUGACUUGGUAGUCCACACUGGCCACACUAUCCACUCAUUGGGGGACCCGGGGCACUGGGGAAUGGGACGAGUGCAGCGUGGCAUUGCAUUGCAUGGCCGAUGGGCGGCACAUUAG